AAUGUUUGUCAAAUAUAUGUUUUGACUUAAUUGAAAUAAAAAAUGGCGACAGGUACGGAUUUACAUAAAAGUGAAAUCCUGUAUCAAAGAGAAGAGCAUGCGUGUCCUUCGGAAAAUGAGGAAAGGAAACCAAGGUCGGAGAACAGUACAUCAAAUUCAGUAAGCAGAGACGAAAAUCAAACAAACGAUGAAAACCGAACAGCUGAUUCAGCGGCAGUGGAUAAUGACAAACAAAAUCAUGACGCUGGAACAAUGGACGGAAGAGGAACCACUGAAUCAAAAGCAGGUGGAAAGGAUUCAAAACAAAAACAAUCGCGAAAGAAAAAGGAAGAAUACACCAUCACUUUCUUCUACCUACAGAAUGUGGAUUCGGCCCGUGAUGUAUUGAUGACAAACAUCCCGGCUGGCAUUAAGAUAGUAAAUGAAGAGAGAAUAGAAAAUGACAGCGAACAUUCAUAUGCAGAGUACUCUAAAAUUUACAGAGUGAAAAUUGUGUCCGAGGAACAAAUGAAGAGCAGACAAUUUGAGUCUUUUAUGUAUAAUCUUUGGUUGUCAAAAAGACCGGAAAACGAAAAUUAUUGCUACAUUGUUAUUAGGAAUAAAGAUACGCGUCGAAAUGACUCAAGAAAACCUGUUUCAACAAUACAAGAUGUCAAAUUCUACGGCGGUGCCCUGUUAUCACCAGUAAAAUUUUCAGAGCAUUGGUCCAUGACAGCAAACGAAAUAGAAGCCGUUUUUGAAAAUGACAAAGGAGUUUUGACAAUUCAGAGUGUGGUCCAUGACAAGGAGAAUCAAGAAGCCGUGGAAAUUUCCUACAGCUCCAUGCAUGAUACAAUCGUUGUAUAUCCAGAUAAUCAAUCCACUAUCUUAAUUAUCAAUGUAAAAUCCAAUCCAAAGAUCUUCAAUAGGAAGAAAAUAAAUGAAAAUAGAACAGAUGAAGUUAGAAAUGUGAGCAUUUCUGGUACAACCCGAGAAGAGUUCGGUAGAUCCAAUAGUUUUUAUAUCAAAUGGCCAAGUAAUAUAUUCGAUGAUUUGAAAAAUAAAUCGAAAAAUCAAGUAGGAUGGGAGGCCAUUUCCCGAUUUAAAAGGCUGGGGUUCAACGUCGUCUAUGCUGAUGUUACUGUGAUACCUUAUUUAAAGAGGGCAAUGACAUUUUCAUUUGAAGAUUUUGACACGGAAUAUGCCUGGAAUUGCUUUUGUUCUCACGGGUUCAAAGUCACCGAUCACUUAAACGGGGAGAAUGUGUCAUUUCUAAGAAGAUUCAAGGGGAAGCUGACUCCAGAUAUGCUACAUCGUAUCACAGCAAAGACAAAUGAUCGUCCUUUUAUUCCCUUUGCCAGUCUCAUUUCUAAACAGAUUGAAAAAAACGAAAUUAUCGUAAAAGAGGAAGAUGACAUGCCUCCUGGCUACUCAAAUAUUCGUCGAAUGGUCUUGACACCAACAAAACAUGUAUUUUAUCCAAAAGAACCAAUCGUUCAAAAUCGUAUCAUUCGACAAUAUGCAGAAGAAUAUUUUAUUAGAAUAGUUUUCCGCGAUGAGGAUUAUGAAAAAGUGAGUGCAAUUGCACCUAACUCCCUUGAUUCAGUUAUAGGCGCAAUGAAACAAUUUUUGUGCGCUGGAUUUCGAAUCCUUACGCGUCAUUAUGAGUUUUUAGGAUGUUCUAACAGUCAACUUCGAGAACAUGGCUUUUGGUUUUUUUGUCCAAACGAUGAUACAAACGCACAGAUGAUUCGUGAUAACUGUGGUGACAUUUCACGGGAGACUUGUGUUGCGUCGUACGUUUCACGCUUUGGUCUUUGUUUUUCCGCAUCACGUGACACGGUCAAAGUUGGUAUGCAGGACGGAGAAUUAGUACAUCAAGAUGACAUCGAUAGAAAUAACUACUGUUUUUCCGAUGGUAUUGGUAAACUAUCCCCUUGUCUGGCUAAUAAGGUUACUAAAGCUCUUGGUUACAAAGUGAAGCCCUCUGCAUUUCAAAUUCGAUAUGGAGGGUGCAAAGGGGUUGUUUCACAAGAUCCAGAACUUGGUGAGGAGAAAGACGUCCUUGUAAUUCGUAAGAGCAUGAAGAAAUUCAAUUCGGAGUCGAAAAAUCUCGAGAUUCUUCAAGUAACAAAACCAGGGAGACUUCACUUAAACAGACAAGCAAUCACACUUUUAUCUGGACUUGGUGUCGCCGAUAAAGUAUUCUUAUCACUUCAAGAAAAGAUGUUGUUUAGUUUGGCAGACACGAUGGUCUAUGACAAGGAGGCUAUUAAAGUUCUAUCUGCGUUGUCAAUUCAUAUUCGGUUUAAACAACUUCAAAAAAGUGGAAUUGUGUUUGUUAAAGAGCCAUUCUUUAGAUCCAUGUUAAUUACGAUAUAUAAAUGCCAAAUUCGGGAUUUGAUGCGACGUGCGCGGAUUCAAUUAUCAUGGGAAAAGGGGCGCAUUAUGAUGGGUACAUUAGAUGAUACAGGAACAUUAGAAUACGGUCAGGUUUUUGUGCAGUAUUCACAAAUUCCAGGAACGGAACAGGAAGACUCAAUUGUUCUUAAGGGACCGGUUGUGGCUACGAAAAACCCAUGUUUUCAUCCUGGGGAUUUGCGAAAAUAUGAAGCUGUAGAUGUUUCUGCCUUACAUCACAUGUUUGAUUGCAUUGUAUUUCCCCAGAAAGGUAAACGACCUCAUCCCAAUGAAAUGUCAGGAUCUGAUCUUGAUGGUGACAUGUAUUUUGUAAGUUGGGACGACCAUUUUUACAAUGUCAUUGAAAAUCAAGAACCAAUGGAUUUCCCAAAAGCUACAAAAAAGUACUUAGAUCGUAAAGUCAAUGUAGAUGACAUAAUUGAUUUUGUAGGAGAGUAUAUAAAAAAUGACAACUUGGGUAUUAUCGCAAACGCACAUGUAGUGCAUGCUGAUAAGAAAGACAUUUUUACGGAAGCUUGCAAGUUGUUAGCGAGAAUGCAUUCUGAUGCAGUAGAUUUUCCCAAAACUGGGCAGCCAGCAAAAAUGUUAAAAGAGCUUAAAGUAGAUACCUAUCCAGAUUUUAUGCAGAAGACAGAUAAACCACAGUAUUUGUCGAAAAAGGUUCUUGGGAAAUUGUUCAAGCAGUGCAGAGCUCUUGAACAAGCACAAACUCGUCAGAAAGACCAUACCAAAAUUAUUAGAAGUAUUAUUCCAGAUAGUGAUCUGCUUUUGACUGACUGGCAAAAGUAUGAAGACGAUGCCGUUGUUGCAAGAAAUACUUACAAUGAAAAGGUUCGACAACUUCUGCUCCUGUAUGGAAUAGAAAAUGAAACUGAAGCUAUUUCUGGAAUAAUUCGAAGACUAAAUCCUCAGCGAGGAUGCCUAAAAAAUGAAAAAUAUGAAAUAGAACAGAUAGUAAAGGCGAAAAUGUCUGUUAUUUGUAAACGAACUAGAGAACGCUUUUUUCAAGACUUUGGAGGUGAAACAAACAUUGAUUUUGACUCUUGUGGUAGUGAAAUACUACGGAAGGCUUCAGCAUGGUAUGCUGUGACUUAUCGUCGAGACUUUGAUAACCCUGAACCUUUAAUAAGCUUUCCUUGGGUUAUAGCUGAUGUGAUAGGCUUGCUGAAAGAGGAUAAAAGGGAAAAGAGGGAGCAAUUGCCGCCACAGGACCUAACAGAGGAAGAUGAAACCGACAUUGACAAUCUAUUUGAAAUAGGAUCGUCAAUUGUACGUCGAUAUUUCUCUACUAAAAAUCUAAGGCAUGAAACUCUACAACGACUAAAAUUUUUGAGAGAUACUGUUUUUCGUGUUCUUGUUCCUGUUAAGGGAGCAUCUUUCUUUCCAACUGGACUAUUUAUGACAGGGUUAAUGAGAGAAAAUGAAAACAGUUUAGAUAUUCAUAUUAGUACGAACAAGAAAAAAUAUGCAGCUACUUUAAAGUUCAUUCAAAAUUUGUUUCAAAGAAACAAGGAUUUCAUUCCUGAAGGUGGCUCCAGUCCUAGAUACAAAACUUUUAUAAAAAACACCACAUGUUUUGUUAGAUUUUUGAGGGACGUUAAUGGUUUACGUCGAUCGAUUUUUUUCUCAACUUUUGUGCGAGAGAACAAAGAGAUUGCUCCAGUAAUUAUGUUUCUUUUGGACUGGGGAAGGCGAACAUCUAUUACUUCGGGAUCAAGACAAUUUUUUGAUGAAAUUACUUUUUCGAUGAUCAUUAUUGGAUGUAUACUGAGCAUGAAGAAUCUCGAGAAAGAUUUAAAAUGUUCUUUACCUGAAACACUGCAAGAAAGUGCUACUGGUUUAGACUUCGGUGAAGUUGUAGAGAUUGACAAUAUUUCAAGAAGCAAUCAAAAGAUUUUGGCAAAAAUUGUAAUGUAUUUUUUCAGAGAGUACAGAGCAACACUAGCUGACAAUAUAAGUGAAGGAAUGAUCAAAUUUAUUUCUGACCCAUCUCAGAAGAAGUCAAAUUUUAACAUUCUCAAAAAGCCAUUGAAUCAAAGUAAUACAACGGCGUUGCUAAAUGAAAUGCUUUGUGGUUAUCAAGAAAUAGCUGAGAGAAAUACGAUUGAUAACUUCUUUGGAGAUGUUGAUCUUGUUGAGAAUCAUCUCGUUUUAAAUCUUCCACUUGAUACUUGGGAUUCUGUUCUGUUUGCAGAAGCAUACACUGAAAGAAGACUUUCUAAGGAAACGGGUGCAAUAGUUAGAAUCCGGAGAGCCAACUUUAGAGAAACUAAGGGGGUGAUAUUAGAAGCUUGGGGUAAUUCUGAGCAGCUCUUGAAGGUCAACAAAUCGUUACAAGACCUUGGAGACAAAUCAUCCAAGUUCGUAACAACCUAUUCCAGAGACAAGGCGUUCGUUGAAGGAGCUUAUGUGACUAUAUUUGAAGGUUCUAGAUCGACAGAUGAUAUGCUGGAUUUUAAACCCUACACUGGAUUGAUUCAAGAGCAUCAUAAGCACCGAGAAGCUGUACAUCUUCCAUACUUGCGAGGCGUCGUUCGAAAUUUUGAGCCUUCAAUAGAACAUGUGGACGACAAUGACCCCGACUGUCAGAUAUUUCAACAAGUUUUCCUACAGCAGAUUAACGUUGUUAGAGAAAACUAUGAUGAUACAUUUCAUGGCAUUCUUCGCUUUGUGAUGACGUUUGGCAAUGUGUAUAUUGUUGACGUCGAUAAACUCAGUAUGCCCAUAAAAGAUAUGCAAGAAAAAUUGCAUCGCAAACAGUUUAUUGAAAGAAAAGAAUAUCACUCACUAAAUAAAAAAUCCCGAGGAAGAGGAGGAAGACAUCAGAGAGGUAGAAGUUACACUAGUCUACGUAAUAAUCUCAGUGUAGGUUCGAGGGGGCGAAGAAUCAGCAGCUCAUUCAUACCAUCCGAAUGUAACCCUCAAAGGGUAAAGGAGUUCUUGGAAAAAUUUGGAUUUCAAGAAGACGGGAAAGAAAAUAAGUACCACGUCAGCCUCCAGACUGGUGAAGCUGACUUCGGUAAACCGCACACGGGUUCGUGUGUUCUAGAUAAAGACAUGAAUUUCAUCGAGUUCCGUCUUGCAGAUUUAAAAUGGCUAGCCGGAGACGUCAUACGACUGAAGUCCGAUGAAAAAAAGAUACCUUUGGAUGUCCGUUGCAAACUACAGUCCAGAAGAAUCCUCGACAUUGAAAGUAUAAGGCAAAUGAGUGACUUAAAAGGAAUUCUUGACGACAGCUGUUAUCUGAUGGAAAAACGAGGCGACAUUCUUUGCAUUUCUCCUCAUUUCAAAGACAGGGUUACACUUGUGCGUGAAAAACAAGUGAAUUCUUAUUCAUAUCCAUGCACAGAUUCAUCUGACGAAGGCAGUGUUUGGCACGAUAUGAAAAUUGAUGUGGCAACGAUGAAACUGUUGGUUUUAGCAGUUCUGAUCAGCUUUGCUGGUUACAGUUUGUCUGAGGAGGAGAAUGUUGCCAGACUACUAGCAUCAAAAAAUGUACUUAACCAGUAUUUAGUGGAAGGCAGGGAUUUAACUGUUCAAUAUACUAUUUUCAAUAUUGGUGGCAGUGCUGCUCUUGAUGUCAAUUUGAAAGAGGAAAGUUUCCCUGAGCAAGAUUUUGAAGUUGUGAAAGGAAACUUGAAUGUUAAAUGGGAGAGAAUAGCACCUGGCACGAAUGUGUCCCACGUGGUGGUUCUCCGUCCAUUGCAGUUUGGAUACUUCAACUUUACAGCUGCUGAAGUUUCCUACAAACCCUCCGAAAAUGCUGCCUCAGCUGUGGUUGGAUUUACCAGUGCCCCAGGUGAGGGAGGAAUUGUUGGCAGCAAAGACUUUGACAGAAAAUUCUCUCCUCAUGUUCUGGACUGGCUGGUAUUCGCUAUCAUGACCCUGCCAUCUCUCACCAUUCCAUUCCUGCUGUUCUACAGGAGCAAAAGCAGAUACGACACACCUAAGCCGAAAAAGAACUAAAAACAAUUUGUGUAUUUAGUUUUUUACAAAUUAUAAUUUUUUUUUUUUUUAUAAUAAAAGUAUUUUGGAAAAAAGCAA